AUGACUUCUAAAGGCGCAAAACAGAUGCCGCACGAGCGCCGAAAAGGCGAAGCUGCGCUUAGCGAGUUUGCUGAAUUCGUCGAGAAGCAACAAGAGUUACGAUAUCCAAGCUCUAAACCCACCGCCGGUACUACCAACGCCGAACAAAUAGAGCAUCAUGAAGAGCUUGACAUUCUCGACUCAUUAAACCUGGGUGACUCUGAGCCCCAAAUACCGUUACGCGACCUUCUCCUAGCCCCCGCCGACGAUGCGACCGCUCAACAAAAACUUACCGACUACAUCGACGAACGAUUAGUGGAAGGGCAUCGCGAAGCGGUUUUCGACCUGGGCUAUGAGAAUAAUGGAGAUCCGAUGCAUCUAACCCGCGAAGAAUGGGAUAUCGCAUUGAACCGGUUGAAUGAGACUGCUAAAAAAUCGCAUGCCGACUGCGAUGUACUACUUACCAGGAACGUUGGUGGUGACGUUGAGGCCCAGUCGGUAAAAGUAGGGAAGCCAAGCAAAGAAACAGACUGUACCGGCAAAAUAUUGAUACGGCAAACCCCUUCUUCAAUUGAAGAGGUUAUUGAGACUAGGAUAGCUGUCGUCGGAAAUGUUGACGCCGGUAAAAGUUCUAUGCUUGGUGUUUUAGUGAAGGGUGACCUCGACGACGGACGAGGAAAAGCUCGUGUCAAUCUCUUCCGUCAUAAGCAUGAGAUGGAGUCCGGUCGAACAAGUUCUGUCGGAAUGGAAAUAAUGGGCUUUGAUACUACGGGAAACGUCAUCACAUCAGAUACUCCUGGAAGGAAAUUAUCGUGGGAAGAGAUCGGCAAACGUAGUGCCAAAGUUAUAACCUUCACUGACUUGGCCGGUCAUGAACGUUACCUCAGGACUACCGUCUUCGGCAUGCUGUCUAGCAGCCCCAACUACUGUCUCCUUAUGGUGGCGGCCAAUAAUGGGCUGAUUGGCAUGAGUAAAGAACACCUCGGUAUCGCGUUGGCAUUGAAUGUUCCGAUAAUGGUGGUGAUCACCAAAAUCGACAUCUGCCCUCCUAAUAUCUUACAGCAAACCAUUCAACAGAUUACCAAAAUCCUUAAAACUCCGGCCGCGCGAAAAUUGCCAAUCUUCAUCAACAAUCAUGAGGAGUGUAUUAACACUGCAACUCAGUUUGUGAGCCAAAGGAUAUGUCCGAUAUUCCAGGUCUCCAAUGUUACCGGCGAGAAUCUGAAUCUUGUACGCACAUUCUUAAAUAUCCUCCCUCACCACGGUCGCUACGACUCCGAUGCGCCGUUCGAGUUCCAUGUGAACGAUACCUUCUCCGUCCCAUUUGUUGGUACUGUUGUUAGUGGCAUAGUCAAAUCAGGGGUUAUCCAUGUUGGGGAUAACGUUCUCAUCGGCCCGGACUCGCUAGGCCAGUUCGCACAAACCAGCAUUCGUUCUAUCGAGCGAAAACGAAUUAAUGUACCUGCGGCUUCGGCUGGUCAGUCUGCCAGCUUCGCACUAAAAAAAAUACGCCGAAAAGACGUGAGGAAAGGGAUGGUGGUCCUACCCAAAAUUGAGGGGCAGGCGCCUCCGAAAGUUCAUCGUGAAUUUAUCGCGGAGGUCUUGAUCCUUUCUCAUGCUACCACCAUCAAGACCAAGUAUCAAGCAAUGCUCCACGUGGGCCCUGUCUCCCAGACAUGCGCUAUCAUUGACGUGGACCGCCCCUUCAUACGGACGGGUGAUCGCGCGACGGUAGCAUUCCGAUUUGUUCAGCGUCCAGAAUAUUUGGCUCCUGGUGACCGAUUACUGUUCCGUGAAGGUCGUACCAAAGGACUAGGUAUUGUCAAAUCAGUCGGCUACGAUCCUAAAAGGCCUCUAAUGACGCAGGAUUCGGACAGUGGAGCCGCACAAGCGGCUGAGGAGGUCAAUGGAUCGGCGGAGAAGGGUAUCCAGUCCUCGACCGGCGUGAGGGUUGGGGCCUAG